UAAAUAAAUAGCUCGCCCGCUCUGUUAAGCCAUCCUGGCUUAGCCCAUCGGCUCUAGGUUUUGAAAUUCUCAAGUUCACCACUCGGAUUUCUUGUUCUGUUCAUCGUCAGAAUUUGUGAAAUUUGGGUCCCAGGACGUUCAUCUCCUUUUAAUACCCUAUUCAUGAUUCAUUAUUUAUUUCCAUUAUUCUUUUGAGUUUUCUUAUGCCGGUCGUCUAGAGAGAUGACGGGACUUGCCAGACCACACGAUCGAAACGCCCUCCAGUCACGACCGCCCAGUCAUUCCCAUCGCAGAAAUGUUUCGCUUUUCUUAGCGCUGAGAGAGAUUUCGCCAACAACAAAAUAUGUGCCGCGAAGGCAGUGGGGGGAAGCUUCUGGAUCAAGUGCUCGUGGGUCCAGGAUCGAAUCAUUAAGAGACAUCAAGCAUGGUCUCUUUUCAUGGGUCGAGGCAGAAUCAUUGAGGCACUUAUCAGCCAAGUAUUGCCCUUUGCUACCUCCUCCGAGGUCAACUAUUGCUGCAGCAUUUAGUCCUGAUGGAAGAACCCUUGCUUCUACACAUGGUGACCACACUGUAAAGAUAAUUGAUUGCCAUACUGGAAACUGCUUAAAAGUCUUGAGUGGUCAUCGGAGGACACCUUGGGUGGUUAGGUUCCACCCAUUACGUCCAGAAAUACUUGCAAGUGGGAGCUUGGAUCACGAAGUUCGCCUGUGGGAUGCAAGCACGUCAGAGUGUAUACGAUAUCGUGAUUUCUAUCGCCCGAUUGCUUCCAUUGCUUUCCAUGCUGAAGGAGAACUCCUUGCUGUUGCAUCAGGCCACAAGCUGUACAUAUGGCCCUACAACAAUACAGGGGAAGCUUCCUCACCAAUAAUUGUGUUGAAGACGAGGCACUCACUUCGAGCUGUGCAUUUUCAUCCACAUGCAGCACCAUUUCUGUUGACUGCUGAGGUGAAUGAUCUUGACUCUUCAGAUUCAACGAUGACACGGGCAACAUCUCUGGGUUACUUGCAAUAUCCUCCUCCUGCCAUUUUUGUGGCAAAUGCUAAAUCUAGUGACUCUGUCAAUUUGCCUGCUGAACUUCCUCUCAUGUCCAUGCCUUUAUUGUUUGUGCCUUCUGUUUCUAUAGAUGAUUCAAGAAUAGAUUUGCAGCAUGCUAAUAGGCAUGUUGGCUCUAGAAACAUGCAAGUGGAUUCAUCUGCUUCAAUGCAGUCCCAGUUAGAUGUAAAUGUUUCAGAACAGCAAGAUAGCACAACUCCUAUGGAGACGUUUCCUGUGAGUCAUACAGGAUCAUAUCAUGGUACAGAAGAAUCAAUAAAUAAUUCUAUCCCUGAUGGGAUAGAAAAUGGUGCUUCUGAUCUUCAAGUGGAAGCUAUGGAUACUGAUGAAGUACAGCCAAUUGGGGCAAGUCAAAUAGGUAACUUGACCAACCUAGAUAAUCUUAAUGGUGCAGUCAGGGGAAUACCUGUGCAUAUUUCCACUCGAUCAACUAUCACUGAAUUUGGCCAACUUCAGCAGUCUUUACCCAUUAGGGAUUCAUCUUGUUGGGAUCUUCCAUUCUUGCAAGGUUGUUUAAUGGGCCAAAGCCAAGUUGGUGAUCCCUCAGUGCUUCCUCUUAUUGGCAGUAGCCAUGAUCAUACAGCUCAAUAUGGAGGUUCCACCUCAAUGCCUCAUCCGUCUACGUUUAAUAUUGAGGCCAUAGUUGCUUCAUUAGCACUGCCUUGUGGCGUGAACUUAUCUAGGGUUCCCAGAAGACCUAAUCGACAUCGUAUUCCUCACACCCGGUUCUCUGGAACUGAGUCUGGAGAAGUUGCUUCUUCCAGUAAUGCCUCACAUGAUGAUACUGAUACUCAACCUAUCAUCAGUAGAAUUCAGUCUGAACUUGCCACAUCACUGGCUGCAGAGUUGCCUUGUACUGUGAAGCUCAGAGUAUGGUCACAUGAUAUAAAAAAUCCUUGUUCUCCACUCAAUGGUGAAAAAUGCCGCUUGACAAUACCACAUGCGGUCCUUUGUAGUGAAAUGGGCGCCCAUUUUUCACCAUGCGGGAAAUAUUUAGCUGCCUGUGUUGCUUGCAUGCUUCCUUACUCUGAAGCUGAACCAGGGCUACCAACAUUGGUCCAUCAAGAACCUGGGACUUCCCCAACCCGUCAUCCAAUCUCUGCACACCAAGUCAUGUAUGAGCUUCGUAUAUAUUCGCUUGAGGAGUCAACUUUUGGUUCAGUUCUUGUAUCGCGAGCAAUUAGAGCUGCACAUUGUUUGACUUCUAUCCAGUUUUCACCCACCUCUGAGCAUAUAUUACUUGCUUAUGGUCGUCGUCAUGGUUCUCUUCUUAAAAGUAUCGUCAUUGAUGGAGAAACAACAUCACCUAUUUAUGCUGUUCUUGAGGUUUACAGAGUUUCAGAUAUGGAACUUGUGAGAGUGCUCCCUAGUGCAGAGGAUGAGGUCAAUGUUGCUUGCUUUCAUCCUUUUGCUGGAGGAGGUCUGGUUUAUGGGACCAAGGAAGGGAAACUUAGGGUCCUUCAGUAUGAUAGAGCUCCUGAUGCAAACAUUAGUGGUGCAAAUUAUUUUUCAGCAGAAAACAUGGCAGAGGUAGAGUUGUGCCGACAUAUGCAUUGGAAUGCUAGACAUCAGUGUUCUACUUCAAAGGAAGCUGUAUAACAUUUCCAGCUUAAUGAUAUAAACCAAAAUCAAAGAAUUUUUGGCAUCUUGAUGUGGAAGCAAUGUGAGUUGCUGCUGCGAAUGCUGCAGAAAAUCUGUAGAAUCUUGCUCUUAAGAAUGCGCCAAAAUGUAAAAAAUGUGCCUCUGUCAUAUUCUAACACAAACUUUUUAAGUUUUCAAUUUUUUUUUCCUUUAGUAAAAUUGUUGUUUAAUUUAUAUAUUCUCUUUGAAACUAGCUGUAUUUAUCUACAGCAUUAAAAUUAUUCUCCACUAGUAUUCUAACC